UCACCGCACGCUGAUAGUAUUCCGUCGAUUACUAAAGCGACGGAGAAGACCGUAUCGAGAACACGACUUUGGAAUCACCUGGAACUCCGGGUUCCAGUUCGGCGAUUCCAAUGACUUCCGCUCAUCAAUUGGUCCUAUGACGAAUGUGUUCUCAUCUUGAGGCUGUUUGUUGGCGAGAGGCUCCGGAGUUCACGUCGAGGGCAAUGGAACUCUUGGCUCGAGCCAAACGCGCUUUCGAUUCGAUUCCGCGCUUCGCGAAAACGGGUCUGCCGUUCAUAGCAUUCGUAAUCGGAGGCUCCUUCUUCCUGAAAGAAUUCGCAGAGCUGAGAUACGAGUUCCGGAAGAGUACCUCGUUGGACCCUCGCGAGCUAGAAGCAGCAGGUUUGCAGAAGAGAGAUCCGUCCGAAACAACCAUAGAGGCAGUUUAUGAGGAGAUAAAAAAUCUUGACACCGAUAACUGGGAGAACAUCCGCGGCCCCCGUAUGCACGAAGAGGGUGGCUUAGACACUCUUGAGACAAUCAAGAAGAAGGCUGCCGCUCGGAGAAAGGAGCAGGAAGAAGCCGCGAGGAAGAAAAUUCUCGACGCAUGA